UUAGGCAAAGUCAGGCUUCAACAUGUUCUCUUCUGCGGAUUAUGGUGGAGGAACUGUUCUUUUCUCUGAAUCAACGACCAAGUUUGAGGGGGUAGAGUCAGACGACCCAAUAAGGUGGAUGGGCACCAACUAUUACAACGUCAUGAAAGCCACGGAUUGCACACCUGCAGACAUUCCUUCUUCGAUUCGAUGGUGUGUUUUGUCGAGCGCUGAGCAGCAGAAAUGUGGUGAUAUGGGUAAAGCCUUUGCUGACAAAGGUCUGACCCCCAGCAUCCAAUGUAUUUACGGAGACUCUCUGACUGACUGCAUGGCCAAGAUCAAAAACAAUGACGCUGAUGCCAUAACCUUGGAUGGAGGGUACAUUUACACAGCAGGCAAAGACUAUGGUCUGGUUCCUGCUGCAGCCGAGAGCUACACAGAUGACCAUGAUGGUUCCACGUACUAUGCUGUUGCAGUGGUAAAAAAAAGCAGUUAUGACAUCCCUAAUAUUGACAGCUUGCGUGGCCGUCGCUCCUGUCACACUGGCUAUGGUCGCACUGCUGGCUGGAAUAUUCCUGUAUCUACCCUGAUGGAGAAAGGACUUAUUAGCCCCAAAAACUGUCUGAUACCCCAAGCUGUGGGCGAAUUCUUCCAAGAGAGUUGUGUUCCCGGUGCCAAUCAGGAUGGAUUCCCCAGUAACCUGUGUGGUCUGUGUGUGGGAGACAGCUCUGGACAGAAGAAAUGUGAAAAAGGAAUAGAUCUGUAUGAUGGAUAUGAUGGAGCAUUCAGGUGUCUCGCUAGUGGGGAUGGAGACGUGGCUUUUGUCAAACAUUCCACUGUUUUCCAAAACACAGAUGGGAAUUCAAAGGAAAAUUGGGCUAUAGAUCUUUUGUCCAAAGACUUCCAGCUGCUCUGUUCCAAUGGAGCUAAAGCUGAGGUCACAAAUUACAAGCUGUGUAACCUGGCCAGAGUUCCCUCUCAUGCUGUAAUGGUGCGACCAAACACCAACAUCCAUGCCAUCUAUGGGCUCCUGGAGCGUGCACAGACCUACUUCAGCAGUGACACAGGUACCGUUUUCAAGAUGUUUGAUUCUAAGGAGUACCAAGGCACAGACCUCAUUUUCAAAGACUCCACUGUUCGCAUUGUGGGUGUUGGUGACAAAAAGACCUACCAGGAAUGGCUGGGUAAUGGCUACCUGAACUCCCUGGUUGACAUGGAGUGCAACUCUUCAAGUGCAGUGGUUUCCUCAGCAUUGCUGCUGCUAUUGGCUUUACUCAGCCUCAUGCUGACCAACGUCUGGAUGUAAAGCAGUGACUACAGUCUUUCCCUAGGCUGUCAUGUUUGCAUUGCCUCUUGCUACCACAAAAUUAUCUAUUUCUCACAAAUAUCAAUCAACCAGUAACCACCUUUUCCCCCCAAUUUCACAUAUCAAAAACUGAUUUUAUAGCCAACUGAUUUCAAUUGCUGCCCUGUUUAAUCACUACCAUCUAGGGUAGUGUGUAUCCCCUCCUUUGUGAAAACACAAUACCAUUGUUGGCCUCAUAUCAUUUCUGUGUUGGUUUGCCAUCUAGAAAAAAACAAAGCUUGAGCAGAAUUUGGAUUUAAAUGGUGCAAUUGUUAAAUGGAAUAGAGCACAUUUUGUUUGGCAGAGAUUUGAGUCAGCAAGCGAAAAAUUACUACAUGUGAGAAUAAGCUGGAAGGUGUUUGGUGUUUCUUUGUUUACCGAGGGUGGGCUGCCAUAUCAGUGUGUAUGCUGCCACCUGUUACAUUUACAGAGCACUUUUUCCUCUUCCAAACUUGCUUUACAAAAGGCUUACUUAAAAGUUUACAUAAACCACUUAAAAAGGGUUGCCUCCAUAUUUACCUCAAGAAACAUUUACUUCAAUACUGCAACAAUUUUAAUGCAUUUUAAAAGUCCUUUAGUCAUCUGUUUCUCACUUCUUCUGACCAAAACAACUCGCUCUACAAACCCCUCCCUCAUCAGAUGUGCUGCACUUUUCCAUCACCUCAUACUGAUUAGAUGUGUAUUUUCCUACAAUCAAAGAUUUAUUUUUUUAUGAAGUUCAGGUGCCAUAUCAGUGUAUAUGUACUGACUCAUACUGUCAGACACUAUUGCAUUCUCUUCCUUUUGAUAGAGAUUUAUUUCUUUGUGAAAUGAUAAAAUGCUCGACUAAUAUUUAGUUGCCAGGCCAGUGUGUCUGCAUAAGUAUUACCUCAUAAGCUGUUGAAUGUCUUUGCUUGUUCAAAUGAAAUAAACGUGUA